ACUAUGGGAUUGCUUAAAAAAUGAAAAAUAGGAUAUUGAAAAAAGAAACUCUAAUUAAGCCUAGCAUCAAUAGAAGAGAGCCGUCGACUAUUGAAAAAUCUCUAAAAAAGAUAAGUAAGUUACAUGUAAAUAAACAAACGUCAAAAAGUAGAGUAUCAUUAAUUCAGAAUUACGGUGAAUAUUCCGAUAUUAAUUUAGCGUUUGCUUACGUAGGAGAAAAUAAGAUUCGAGUCUCAGAUGGAUUCUCGCACGUACUAAAGUCAAAAUCGCUGACGCUAGAGGAGUGGUGUAGCCUUGAGCCAAUUAGUCUACAAAACAAAUGCUCGGCGAUCUUACUGAAAACAAUCAACACGCCUGACAGUAAACAAUUAAUUCGGAAUUACUUGUUGCCAGUAAAUGAUUAUAAUGCUCUAGAAGAAAUUAAAAAAGUGCUAUUGGAAAUAAAUGAAUGGGCAUCAAUGAAUUAUCCACUUGUCGUAGGCAUAGAUGAAUUCAGCCAGCUAGCAGAAUUAUCCUCAAUUGAUUUACUCAGUUUUAUCUUAUCAACUAAUCAUUUGAAAUAUAUAUUUCAUCAUAGGGGCACUAACAGCAUGAAUUUUCUCAAUAUUCCAGAACCAGAUCGGCCAGAAGAAAAAGUAUGCCCAAGAGGUUAUCUACCAGAAGAUAGCAAGCACCAUAACUUUCUAAAUUGCAUGAUUGAAUUGAAAAAUCUUUUACAGCAAUAUGAUAAAAUAAACGCAGAUAUUUUCAAAGAAGCUCUUUUAACACUUCGAACCGAAAAUCUUCAUGCUUCAUCGUCGGUCUUCAGAGAAAUUGAAUUGAGGAGUAUGAAUGUUUACGAUAAUGAAUUGAAAAUGUUCCUUCUACCAACUACUUCAAAAUAUAGAAUGGGAUUCAGUAUGGAGGGAGGCGGAGCUUACGUAUCAUUUGAUAACAGUUCUCGCAGAUUUAGAACCAAUGAAAAAUAUAUUAUGGUUAGUCGAGACACUCAAGUGAUGCUUAAUGAGGAACUGUUGGAUGCUGUUUCGAAAAUUGAUAUAUCUCGAUGCAAGAUACCAAGAAUCAGAUGGAUUGAUGGAGUUCCAGGGAGCGGAAAAACACAUCUAAUUGUUGAUAAACAUCGACCAAUGGAAGACCUCAUACUAACUCAAACAAGAGCCGCAAUCAAAGGAAUAAGAUCAACUAUACAGGAGAAACACGGAAAUGAAUUCAACUCAAUCAUCAAUUCAAAUUACAGAACCGUGACGUCGUUUCUAAUUAAUGGCUGCCACAAAAAAUAUAAGCGCGUAUUCAUCGAUGAAGCUGUCCUUAUGCACGCCGGCUUCGUGGGAUUCGUCUCUGAGCUGACAGGCGCAGACGAGAUAGUACUGGUUGGAGACUCAAAACAAAUAUCUUACAUCGAGAGAAGUGGUUUACCAGCAGUCUGGAAAAAUAUUUCUGUUUUCGCGGAUCCGGAUUCUUACCAAUCAGUAACCAACAGAUGUCCAAUGGAUGUGUGCUGUUUGUUGUCUAACUACUACAAUGAUAUCUGCACUACAAAUAAAAUUAUUCGAUCAAUUAAACCAACAAUAACUAACGGAGAACCUCACAACCUACAACCACAAACUUUAAUCCUCACAUUCACGCAAUCAGAAAAACAAAUGGUACUGGAAGCUGUUAAAAACAAGGCUCCCGCUGGCUCAUUAACAAUACUAACUAUACAUGAAGCUCAGGGUUUAACGUUUAGAGAUGUUAUCCUAGUGAGGAAAAAUACUAAACCACUCAAGAUUUACAAUAGCAUUCAGCACAUAAUAGUAGCACUUAGUAGGCAUACCAACUCAUUCAGAUAUUUAACAGUUGGAGAGCACAAUCAGUUGAGGACAAGGAUAUCUACAAUUGGCACACAAAUAAUUAUAAACACAAAAACAAAAAUGGCUGAUUUGAUGGAGGAUUUGGAUUUAUUAGACAUUGAAGACUUUUCGAUUCCAAAUUCACAAGAUGUCAACAAUACAAUCCAACCUUUCAACUUGAAAAUCAUCAAUUUCAACAUCAGAAGCUACAAUAAAAAUUUUGAAGAAUUUCUUAUUCAACUGGAAGACCUGAUCGUGGAUUUCGACGUGAUAGUCUUAACGGAAUGCUGGAUUGCUGGUGGUGUUUCCUUGAAAUCAAUUAAUAAUUAUACCUGCCACAAAACAGAAAACAGUAUUCUACAGAAUGAUGGAGUAAUAAUCUAUGUCAAAUCCGACUACUCUGUCGAAAUAAAAGAAAUUGCAGUUAGGCAAGCCAACUGUUUUAAUAUCCAUUUAAAAAUUGGGAAAGAUACUUUUGUUAUAACAGCGUUAUAUAGAUCUCCAUCACACUUGGACUUAACAGAAUUUCUCAUUGAUCUGAGGCAGAUUUUGGAUGAUAAUGGAAAGCAUUUUCACAUCGUUCUAGGAGAUUUGAACAUCAACACAAAAAAACCAAAUCAGCACAGGCAACUGGAAGACUAUGAUAAUCUACUCAGUGAAUAUGGAUUCCUACAUUGUAUAAAGAAG